AUGACAGUUUCAGAGCUUAGUGUUCGUGCCCGGCUAUCCCCGUUCGACGGACCCCCGGGGGAGAGGCUAUCGUUCAACCCGGAUCAUUUGGCGUAUCUCUCCCCCCCUCUCUUUUAUUCCGCUCUCUAUUUUAUAUUUCUUUCAUUCUUUUUCUUACUGUUUUUAUUAGAUAUUUUCUCUUUUUUUUUAUUUUUCUAUCAUCGAUUUAUUUUAUAUAUUUUGUUUCUUUUUUUUACUUUUUGCUUGAUGUUCUCUUUUACCCUCUUUUUCUUCCUUUUAUACUUCUUCUCCGGUCCCGACAACUCUCUUAUAUCCGUGUUCUCUAUUUUUUUCUUCAUUUUAUUCUAUAUAUUUUCUUUUUUUCUAUCUAUAUUCGAUAUUCGCUCUUUCUCUCUUUUUCUUCGUCAUUGUAGUCUAUAUAUUUGCUGUCUUUCUUUUUCUUCAUUCUUUUCUUCUAAAAAUGUUCUUUCUUUCUUAUUCUUUCGAUGUUCUUUUAUGAUCCCUUUUUUUCUUUAUCGUUUUAUUCCAUGUAUUUUCUUUCUUUCUUUCUUUAACUAUUUUCUCGUUUUAUUCGAUUAUCUUUCUUUCUUUCUCUCUCUUUCUCUCUUUUCUUUCUCUCUUAAAUUUUUUUUUUUUUAA